CUUUCUCCAUUUACCAGAAGAAAACCCCAUAAACCUCUUCUCACUUUCUCGAGAAUUUGAUUUCCACGAGAAAGUUCUCGAGGGAAAGUUUCAAUAUCUCCGGCAAAAAAUUCAGAAAAAAUGGCGGCUAGGUUGUUGUUCCGUCGAAGUUCUCAGAUCCUCCGAUCAAUCCAAAAAAAUCCUCAAAGCUCAUCAUCUUUCGAAGCACCAUCCCCGAUUUUUUAUUCAUUGACCACCGCCUCACCAGAUCCAUCGAGAUUAUCAUCCUUAACCUUCCUCCGAUCUCUCUCCAUCGCUCGUCGCGGUCCAACUCGUCCUAAGAAGAUAGACAUAGGAGCCAAAGCGCGUCAGAUGCAGAAUCGCCGGCUUUGGACCUACGCGUUAACCUUCAGCUGCAUCGCCGGAUUCGUAGUCAUCGUCCUUAACCAAUUCCAGGAUCAGCUCGUCUUCUACCUAACUCCAUCUGACGCUAUGGAGAAAUUCGCAGAGAAUCCAACAAAGAACAAGUUCAGACUCGGCGGUUUGGUUCUAGAAGGCAGCGUUGCGCAGCCUGCGGCGUCUCAGGAGAUGGAGUUUGUGAUCACCGAUCUGAUUACAGAUAUUUUGGUUAGGUAUAAAGGAUCUUUGCCGGAUCUGUUUAGGGAAGGUCACUCAGUUGUGGUUGAAGGAUUCAUUAAGCCGUAUACUGAUGAAGUGAGGAAAGAGGUUUCUACUAAAGCUGUUUCGAAGAAAGCUAGGAAUCUCGAUUGUUUCUUCUCGGCUACUGAAGUUUUGGCUAAGCAUGAUGAGAAGUAUAUGCCACAGGAGGUUGCGGCGGCCAUUGAGAAGAAUAAGAAGAUUAUUGAAGCUGCGGCAACGACGACGACUACUGAACAAGUUGCAGCGACGACGAGUGAACAAGCUGCGGAAGUGGCGGCUUCGUAGAUUGGUAUAAAACUUAAUUCAUUUUUUUUGAGUUUUAUCACAAUUUUUCCCAAGUUGGAGCGUUUGGUGGGUAUUUGGUUCAACGUAUAAUGUUAUAUUUGAUUAUAGUUUCCGGAAAAGGAGUAGGAAGAUUUGGAAUUGUUAUUCCUGGGAAACAGAGAUUUGAGUUUUGUGUCUAUUCGAGAAUUAGGAGGAGAAAUGUGAUACACUAUACAAUAGCUUUGUAUGAUCUUGCAAAGCUUAAGCUAAUUCAUUUUCUUGUUAUAUUGAUCAAAUAAAGAACACUUUGAUGAAGGAUCAAAUUUGCUGCCUGGUUCCUUGUGUUGUCGGAUGUUUUGUUUCUGCUCACAGACUAGAUUGAUCUAGUGAAGCUUAUCAGAGGUCCCUGGUCAAUAAUUGUAAACGUAUCACCAAGUAGUAGUUCGUGUGACUUUAUUCUAAUCAUGACUAGGUGCUAUAGACAAGAGAGUGGAACUUCUUCCA